AAAUGGCUCAACCAUACCUCCCCGCAGAGAAAUUUCUCUCCAGAAAACAAGAGACAAUUCUUUUGGACGAAGAUGUCAUUUAUUGGAAACGAAUGCAACAACUCACCGUAUUCCAGGAGCCAGCCGUCGUCAGCUCCGUCAGAAUUUCACCGAAAAAGCCGUAUCACGUGGCAACGACUAGCAGUGUCCGUCUAACACUCUACGAUACAGUAGUCUGUGAACCAUUGAACCUAUUUAGUAGAUUCAAAAAAGGAGUAUGCUCUAUUGAUUUUAGACAUGAUGGACGGCUUUUGGCAAUCGGAGGUGACGAGGGAAAAGUUCGCAUCUUUGACGUGGAAAAAACGACGGGCUCGAGUAAAGUUGCUCUUCGUGUAAUGCAAGCUUCUCAGUCAACUGUGAAAAGUGUUCAUUUCUCUCCACGUGGUGAUACUGUCUUCUCAAUGGCCGAUGACGGAAAAAUCAAGCAAUAUCGAGUGGCAGACACGGCUUACGGAGUAAAUGCCGUUCCAAUAAUUGAAAUUCAAGCACAUGAAGAUGCGAUUAGAUGUGGAGCAGUUUCAUCAAUUAAUGAUCAUAUUGUACUGACUGGUGGUUAUGAUCAUAAAGUUCGGCUAUGGGAUAUUAGAAGUAAAGAGAAAUCAUUGGAACUCGAUUGCGAGCAUCCUGUUGAAUCGGUGCUCUUUUUGCCUGGAGAGCAGCUUAUUGCCACUGCUGCAGGUCCUAUUGUUAAAAUCUGGGACACAACAACGGGCCGCCAACUGACAGCACUUCAAGCUCACUACAAGACAGUAACAUCUCUUCGUCUGGCCACCAAUUCCACAUGCCUCUUGUCUGCCGGAAUUGAUAGACGUGUGAAUGCAUUCAGAACAACAAAUUAUUCAUUAAUCAACUCAUGGUCAAUGCCAUCACCAGUACUUGAUAUUGAUGUAUCACGUGAUGAUCAAACAAUGGCAAUUGGAAUGGGAAAUCUGUUGGCUCUGUACCGAAGAGCUGAGAUUAAGAAAGAAGCCACUGCGUCUGCAGCCAUUGAAGACAAAAGAUCGCUGAUUCGAACGUCUGCACCGCCUGUGAAGCUUGUCGAAAAGGAUCGAGAUAUGCAGAAAGUUGAUGUGGUGGCCAAGAAUGCGGAUAAACUGAAAAUUCCGAAAAUUGAUGGAAUGCUUUCGAAUUUUAAGCAUGCGGCGGUUAUUAAGCUCCUUUUUGGAGGAAAAUUCCGUUCGGCAAUGGAUACGGCAGUUGUCAGUUAUCUUCGAGUAAUCGUAAUGCGCGGAGCCAUUCAUCGAGCUCUGGCUGGUCAGGAAAGAAGUGUUCAAAAGAAUAUUCUAGUAUUCCUCAACCACAACCUCUACAAAGCACAGUAUUUCUCCACUUUGAAGGAAGUUGUCAACGCGUUUUUUGACGUCUACGCACUGGAAAAACUGGAUAAAGACGUUGUAAAGCACGUUCAAAGUCUUCGAGGAUCCCUUGGAAGAGAGCUUGAAGUACAAAAAAUGAUUUCCUCAUUGAUUGGAUCAAUUGAUUUAAUCGUUUCCACCACCAAAAUGAAUGUGAAAAGUUCCUCCACGGCUCUGAUUGAAGAUAAUGAUGUAUUCGGAGAGCCGACGAUUCGAGCAAGAGAUUUAGAUGAGUUGAAGCCUUCGGAUCAAGGAGCUGAGGAGGAAUAUGAAGAAAAUAUGCAGAUUAAUUGAACCUUAAUUUUUUGAGCGGAGGUAGAGCAAAAAGCAGUGAAAAAACUUAAAUUUAUUUAAAAUUUUGAUUUAAAAUAUGAUUUUUUAUCGGGUUUUCUAAGAAAAAUGUAUUAAACCAGUCAAAUUUUUGUGAAAGAACUUGAUUUCUUUCAAUUUGAAAACCGAAAAGUUUUAAUUUCCUGAGUAAAAUUGAUUAAACAUACGUUUUUUUUGCUGAAACUUUGAAAAAUAUUUUAAACAAAAGCAAAAAACUGAAAAGGCAGAAAUUUUUUUCUAGAAAUUAUUGAAUAUAACUGAAAAAAGCUUGAACAGUUUCGGAAAAACCAAACUGUCUUAAUUAUAAAAUUUUCCCAAAUAUUCAAAAAUUAUCAAAAUUUUCCUCAAAUUUUCCGCUGCUUCUUCCCUUUUGGCCCCCAAUUUCCCUUUGUUUUUUUCUCACGUAUCUAACAAUUUUCAUUAUCUUCUUGUUGUUAUUUAUCCCUAUUUUUAAUCGUUUUUCAAUUAUUCCUUGUUGUUAUCCACGUUUUUUGUUGAUUUGAUGUUACCUUUCCCCAUUAUGAAAACAUUUUUCUUUUUU